AUGCACCGUGAAUUCGCUCGUCAGGGAGAGAAUAUGCUGCCUCAAGGUGGAGAUUCCGUUGUACGCCAUCAUCAGUGCAUCCAAUGCAUUGACACCGUCCCACGGGUUGCCUCCGGCGUGGGCGUUCUUCCCAAAAUAUUCUGCGUUAAACAUAUUUUCCCAGACCUCUGUUUUUCGAAAGGUGCUAUUGACUACUUCCUCUCGCACAUUGUUUACUCCAAGGAGUUGAGGGAAUUUCCAGAUAAACUGUCCGCAUCUGGCUGGGAUAUCAGCGAAAUCAAUACGCCCCCACCCCCGGAUACUUCUGCAGCCCCUCCCCGUCGACCGUGGGGGAUUACUGUCAUCCAGGUGCAGAUUUAUCACUAA